AUGACGGAGACGGAACUUCAAGAGCGGUUGAACGGCCUCAUCAGGGAUGCCUCGUUUGCAGAUGAGCUGUUUGUGCUCACCGGCAAACUAGGCUUUCCUAGAGAGGCGUAUAGCACUCUUGUCUCAGUUGCCAGUAAGUCGCAGGCUUUUGAGAACGCUGCGGAGAGCAACGGAUCAUUGUCGUCUGCGGGUCGCACUCAACAGCCAUCACGCAAACUCGAAGAGGCUAUACAUUUACAACAACAUGGCGGCCGGACCCCGUCGUUGCCUCUUAAGCUGCGAACAGAAUCUGUGACAGCAACGCGCAAGCCCGAGCCUAGAACGAAGCAAGAAGUCGCCCUACUCAUCCAAACCGCUUCACGUGGCCACCUGCUUCCAAAACACGAAAGCGCCUGGUACUCCUUUGGGUUUGUCUGCACUACGACUGAAGAAGACGAGCGACGACUUGCAGGUCUCUACGCCGUCCUCAUCCAGGAAACAGACAGUCCAGACAGCUUCCGCGAGCCCCAGCACACUCUAGAGACGUGUAAUCUAGCAACUCUAUUCGACACAAAGGGAUAUGGCAACUUCCGCGAACUUUCCCCCCACCUGGAAACAUUCCUCACCACGCCAGCCGAGCAGCGUCCCACGGUAUGGCGUCUGAAGCAAUUCAUCCACGAUACCAAUAACGCGAACCCACCAGCUAGCCUUCGGCGCGACUACGGCUUCAAGUACUGCAGACAAAGAGAUGAAGUCACGCGUCUUAAGGCCAUCUACAGCAAGAUGUUCGAGAAGAUGGGGGUAAUGGAGGUACAUAGUGCUUGUGUACAUGGCAGGUUAUACGAGACUGCUAAACGCGAGGGAGUGACUAUUCAGGCCAAGGAUGCAAGGCUUAUGAAGAAUGACUAUCCUUCCCCUUUUGUGGGGUUUGAGAACACGGCUGGACUUGAGAAUUAUCGGAAGCCGUUGUUUAAAAAGCAGCUGAAGACGUAG